AUGCCCUCCUCUUAUAUUUCAGUGACUAUUAAUGCUCCGCCACCAUAUCUAUCCUUAUCCCACCAAGAAACUUUACCUGUUGUUAUGACAAUUGCUGGUUCUGAUUCUAGCGGUGGUGCAGGUAUUGAAGCUGAUAUCAAGACCAUUACCGCUCACAGAUGUUAUGCUAUGACGUGUACUACCGCUUUAACGGCACAAACCCCAGUCUCUGUCUAUGGUAUCCAUUUAAUUCCAAGGGAAUUUAUUGCUCGAGUAUUGGAUGUUAAUUUAGCAGAUAUGAAAUGUGAUGUUAUUAAGACAGGUAUGUUAACUGAAGAUGCUAUUAACAUAUUAUCUGAGAAAUUGAAUCAAUUAGGUUCCAUAAAUAGACCAAAAUUGGUGGUUGAUCCUGUAUUAGUGGCUACCUCAGGUGCCCCCUUAGCUGAUGAAAAUUUGGUUAAGCUUAUUAAAGAAAAAUUGUCUCCCUUAGCCGAUGUUUUAACUCCAAAUAUCCCGGAAUGUUUUAAGUUGAUUGGUGAAAAAAGAGAAAUCAAGCAUUUAGAAGAUGUUUUACAAUUGGCCAAAGAUGUUCAAAAAGCAUGCAAGAGUACUAAUGUUCUUGUCAAAGGUGGUCAUAUUCCAUGGAAAGGUAUUGGUAAAGAAUAUAUCACUGAUGUUUUGUUACUUGGUAAAGAAAAAAGAUUUAUUGUAUAUAAAGGUAGUCACUCUGCGACUACUCACACUCAUGGUACUGGUUGUACUUUAGCUUCAGCUAUUGCCUCCAAUUUGGCUCAUGGUUAUACUUUACCUCAAGCUAUCUAUGGGGGUAUUGAAUAUGUACAAAAUGCUGUAACGAUUGGCUGUGAUCAAACUCAACCUACGGUUAAAGAGAAUGGCCCAAUUAAUCAUCUCUACGCAAUUAAUAUCCCAUUAGAAAGAAUGGUUGACGAUGAAUGUUUCGGUGGUCAUGAAAUUAAUGAAUUAAAUAAUCAUUGUGAUAUUGAAAAAUUACCAAUAUAUAAAGAAUUACCAGUUAUUAAGAAAGAUUUUAUUGAUUAUUUGCAUAACCAUCCAAGGGUUAAACCAUACUGGGAAUCGUAUAUUAAGCAUGAUUUUGUUAAAAAAGUAGCAGACGGUUCUUUAGAACGUUACAAAUUCCAGUUCUUUGUAGAACAAGAUUAUGCAUAUUUGGUUGAUUAUGGUAGGGUCCAUUGUAUUGCAGCUUCUAAAGCACCAACUUUGGAUGAUAUGGAAAAAGAAUUGGCUAUAGUUGGAGGUGUUAGAAAAGAAUUGGAACAUCAUAAACAAAGAUUAAGAGAAAGCUUUGGCAUUGAAGAGGAUUCUCAUUUCGAUAAUAUUAAAAGGGGUACUGCUUUAAAAAAUUAUUCAAGAUAUUUUACUGAUGUUUCUAAGAGAGGAAACUGGGCGGAAUUAUUAACAUCGUUAACUCCGUGUUUAAUGGGUUACGGUGAAGCGGCUAUUCUUGUUAGGGACAGCAUUACUACCACCGACCCAGUCUACCAAGCUUGGCUAGAUGUAUAUUUGUCUGAACUUUACCACAAUGCAAUGGCAGAUGGUAAAAUUAUAAUGAAUCGUAUAAUUUCCACUUACCCACCACAAGAUAUCGAAAUUUUAAUAACUAUUUAUUCACAAGUAUGUGAACUUGAAACCAAAUUUUGGGAUGCAGCAUUGAAAUUUGAAAGGAAAUAA